AUGCCUGAUCGAACCCCAACAUCGCCACGUCAAAUCCAGAUCGAUCCUCAUCUUCCCAUACCACCCCGUGCAAUGUCCAUAACAUCCCCAACGGUCAUUACGCCUUCUCGUCAACCACUUCAACAUCGUAAUUCCCAUGGAGGUCCAAGGAGUCACAGACAUCAGAACGACGCAGACGCUAGGGAAAGACAAAUGCAGCAGGACAUAGAGAGUGCAAUGAGCAUGUCUCGUGCAAGGUCAGGUUCAUUAGCGGAUGCUUCACCACCUGUAGUGCGGCCUUCUGCACAACAUUUUCCAUCUACUUCACCAAUUGAUGAAGGACCUUUUCCCAUGUUAUCCGAUUCUGAAGAAGCAGAUAUGCAUCGAGCGAGAUAUCAUCGUGGUGAUGGCUCGAAUGAUGGAUCUGAUGAUGGUCAUGGUCAUGGACAUAGUCAUCGUCACGGUGGGAUGCAUUAUGAUAAUCAUGAUGAAGAAGAUAGAGGUGAAGGUAUGAUGGACAAUGGUCAAAGUGAAAGUAUAGGUGAAUCAAGUGGAUACGACUCACACGCUAGAUUGUUGACUAGACGUGGAUCAGAUGGUGAUGUACGUCGUAUAGGAAUGGGAAUAGAAAGACAUGCAGAUGUAAAAUCAAUAGGUGGAAUGGGUGGUGUACCAAGAAACAAUAGAUUCGAUUUUGCAGAAUUGGAAAAUUACGCAAAUAGAGAAAGAGAAAAUCAAUUUUCGACAGAAGGCGGAUGGGCUAUAAAUAACAACAUCAAUAAUAACAGCAGCAACAGCAACAAUAAUAGUAACAGCCACUCUCAACAUCAUAGUGACAACGAUCAACAUGAAGGACCAAGAAGAAGGAGUGUACCUAUUCAAGGACCUGACGCUGUCAGUGAAGAAAAUGUGAAUCAACCCCAAAUGGGAAGUUAUGAUACGUCAAUGGAGAGAACUCAGACAAUGUCAGCUUUUGGAGAUGAUAUGAACGAAGAACCAUUCUCACCGCAUCGUAACGGCAACACAGGUGAUGAUGGAGUGGAACAAACCUUUCACAGAAGAAGACAAAGAAAAUUAUCAGCCUCGAAUCCGGUAUUACGUCGACAAGGUAAAUUAGCCUUGUUCGAAGGAUUUGGAUCUUCCUCAAAUAACGCGGAUGGAGAAGUCAUUACAGAUGCGAAAUCAAAUGCAUUCAAAGCUCCAAGAUCGGGAAAUGGAUUCACACCUUAUUCAGAUAACGCACCUGGACAUGAUAGGCCUUAUCGAUUUUCAUUCUACUCAAACGCGAUGCCAGUGACUAUUCAUGCUAGGUCAUUAGCUGAACUUCCAGCUGAAGGUCAAUCAUUCGAAGAACUCUUUAAAGGGAAAAAUCAGUCUCAUUCGGAACAAGGAAGUGUAGCCACCGGUCUGAACAAAAGUGGUCAAGAUACACCUAUUCCUCCAAAUCAACCUUCAUUCGAACCUAGUACAAUAGCAAGUAAAACUAGCAUGUUAAGUAGAUCAAUCGCUGCACACCCAACUGGUCAGAGUAUGUCAAGAGAGCCCAGCAAACCUUCCGGGGGAGGUAAUAAUGGAGAUAAUACUGGUGUCGAGGAAGAUCCGGAACAAUUUACUUGGUGGUUGGACGUCCUUUCACCCACGGACGAGGAAAUGAGAAUGCUCUCAAAGGUCUUCGGCAUCCACCCCUUAACAACGGAAGAUAUCUUGCUUGAAGAGACGCGAGAGAAGAUUGAAUUGUUCAGAAAUUACUAUUUGGUCUGUUUCCGAUCUUUCGAUCAAGAUCCUUAUUCUCAAACUUAUUUGGAACCGUUGAACAUGUAUAUCAUCGUUUUCCGAGAGGGGACUCUAUCGUUCCAUUUCCGAGGUACACCGCAUCCUCAAAAUGUUCGAAGACGUAUCAAGCAUCUAAAAGACUAUAUAUCCGUGACAUCCGACUGGAUCUCUUAUGCUCUUAUUGACGAUAUCACCGAUGCCUUUGGACCUCUGAUCCAAUCUAUCGAAUAUGAAGUAGAUAGCAUCGAUGAAUUGGUUUUGAUACUGAAGGAAGCCGAACAGAGUGAUAUGUUGAGGAGAAUCGGUACUUGCCGAAAGAAAGUCAUGGGUUUACUUAGAUUGAUGGGAAACAAAGCCGAUGUGGUGAAAGGUCUUGCUAAGAGAUGUAAUGAACAAUGGCUUGUCGCACCUAAAUCAGAUAUAGGACUAUAUCUUUCAGAUAUUCAGGAUCAUUUGAUUACUAUGACACAGAAUUUGAAUCACUACGAGAAGAUUUUGUCUAGAUCGCAUUCCAAUUACUUGGCUCAAAUUUCAAUCGAAAUGACCGAUGCGAAUAAUCAAAUUAACGAUGUACUUUCAAAAUUAACUGCAUUAGGUACAGUCUUGAUUCCAAUGAAUUUAGUUACUGGUUUAUGGGGUAUGAACGUCCAUGUUCCAGGAGAAGAUAUUAAAGACGGGUACGCCUGGUUCGGUGGUAUAUUAGGUUGUUUGGCUUUAUUCGCCAUUUUAGGUGCAUGGGCAACUUACAAAUGUUUCGUUGUCCGAUAA